CAGCGAAACUCUUCCUAUCCCUCGAGGCUCUCGUUGCCGUGACAUCAAAGAUGCUAGCUAGCAUCACUCGUUUGCGUCUUUCUACAGCAAAAAAAAAUAACGAAUUUAACUCUGCCGGAGAUGAUGAGUACAAACGUGAGAACGUUUCUUGCUCGUCGCUAGUUUUGUUGUAUAGCACACUGUAUUACUUAUAUACAACUAAUAUAAGGACAGGACAUGAGACGGGAGUAGAAAUGAACGUGGUCAUUGUUUAAUGCGUUUCACAGGAAGAACAUUCCAACGUAGGUAACCAAGGGGGGGGUUACAGGUGCCCUAAAGGGACAAAACUAGAAUAUCAAUACACAACAGUGUUUUUCUUAGAAAAUAUAAGAAAAGAAUGUCUUGAGCAUGGCCCUCGUUUGCUUGUAACCCCCUCAGCUAACCUGACACCACGGAAGCGAGAGAGUUUUAAUUGAAGUGGGAUGUGGUGUGUGAUAAUGCGUACAAAGUUCCUUUGACCACAUCAAUUCACUACUUUGGUGCGCUUGUGGGAACGUUCAUCUCUGGCCAGAUGUCUGACAGGUUUGGAAGAAAGCCAGCACUCUUCACUACGAUAAUAAUCCAGACUGUGGCCACAUUCAUACAAAUAUUCUCCCCAAACUGGGAGGCAUUCAGUAUUAUUUUCUUCUUUGUUGGCGCUGGAUCAGUCUCCAACUAUGUCAUAGCGUAUGUUCUUGGGAUAGAAAUACUGAGCCCUGGAGUUCGUGUGGUAUUCUCCUCUCUUGGAGUGUUCGUGAGCUCUGCAAUUGGCUACAUGUUAAUGCCACCUGUGGCAUACUUCAUCCGUGAGUGGAGGUGGUUGCUGGUGCCCAUGGCAGGCUCUGGACUCAUAUACAUCCCCCUAUGGUGGGUCAUCCCAGAGUCUCCCAGAUGGCUGCUCUCUCAGGGAAGAGUUGAGGAGGCUGAGGCCAUACUGAGAGACGCUGCCGGGAGGAACGGAGUUGAAGCACCAGAGGUCAUCUUCACUCCCUCAGAGGUAGAAGAUGCUCUGGCCAUGAGGGACAUGAAACACAACAUUCUGGAUGUCAUGAGGAGCAGCAACAUGCUCUCAAUCACUGUUCUGUGUUCCCUUCUGUGGAUGAUAGUCUCCUGUGGUUACUUCGCCCUGAUUUUGAACACCUCCAACCUCAAUGGAAAUCCCUAUAUCAACUGCUUCCUGUCUGGAGUUGUAGAAGUGCCAGCCUAUUUCAUCGCCCUGGUGCUGCUCAGAUACUGUUCCAGACACCUAUGCCAGUCCUCCACUCUCUUCCUAGGUGGCACUGUUAUUCUCUUCAUUAACAUUGUCCCAACAGAUCUCCCAGGAUUGGCCAUCUUUCUGGAGAUGGUGGGGAAGUUUGCCAUCACCGCAGCAUUCUGUGUGGUGUACUCCGUCACGACGGAGCUCUUCCCCACCGUGGUUAGGAACAUGGCUAUGGGGACGUGCUCCAUGGCAGCACGCAUAGUCACCAUCCUCUCCCCCUUCAUCAUCUACCUCGGAAAUAACUACAAGUACCUCCCAUAUAUAUUGAUUGGUAGCCUGGCAAUAUUUGGGGGUCUGUUCUGCUUCAUUUUACCUGAGAGUUACGGGAGGGUGUUGCCAGAAACCAUCUCACAGAUGCAACAAAUCAAAGGGUGUCGAUGCAACACAGACCAAGAGACCAAAAACAUUGAUAGCAAAUCUGAGUUUCGGAAGGAGUCUAAAUUGUGAAUCUUGUUCUAUUAUAGAUUUUUUUUCUCUUGUGGUGUAUUAAAACUACAAAACAGUAUUCUGGUUUAUAAUUAUUAGCUAUCUUUUACUUUAUGAAAUUGUACAGUGCAUUCGGAAAGUAUUCAGACCCCUUGACUUUUCCGCAUUUUGCUACAUUACAGGCUUAUUCUAAAAUGUAUUAAAUCAUUUUUUUCCCCUCAUCAAUCUACACACAACAUCCCAUAAUGACAAAGCAAAAACAAUUUUUUUUUUUUGAAAAAGAUAUCAACAUAUACUGAAAUAUGAUAUCUACAUAAGUGUUCAGAACCUUUACACAGUACUAUGUUGAAGCACCUUUGGCAGCGAUUACAGCCGUGAGUCUUCUUGGGUAUGAUACUACAA